AUGAGCGUCGGUUUGAUCUCCAUUGCGGCGCCCGGCGUCCGUUCGUUGGUGUUUGCGCCUCCAUUACGUCGCUGUGUCGCGGCCAAAGAAGCCCACAUCCAUGAUGCCAAUGCGGCUAGAGGACCGUCGGCGGCGACUCCCGCAGCACAUCUCGCGCAUCCUAGCCCCGUCGUCUCCUUCCCUCACCCUUCCACUCCGCCCUUCCCCACGUGGCCCGCCCCAGCGGUUGACACACUCGCGAAUUCCUAUCCGCUCACCUUCGGUGUCCUCGCUGGCUUCCUCUCCUUCUCUUCGUCAGGCUGGAAGUCGUGUUCUCGGUUCCAGGCCGCCGCCACCGGCCUGGCUUCUCGACCAUAUCCCGUCGUCUUCACCGCCCCAUCUUGA